AAUCGAUAGUGAAUGAAUUACUGGAAGAAAAAGCAGCAUGGCAAUAAAAACAUAAACAUUGAAUAAUGUAAUUAGCCGGUAUUAUUUUUAUUAGUUUUUUUAUUUUGAAUGUUUAACAAAGCUUUCGAAAGGAAAGUCAUACUUAUAUGCUUCAGUGCAACAAGGAAUAUCUGGCUUACGCAAAAGAUACUUUUGUUUUUGACUUGAUGUAAAGGUAGACAAAUAUGAUUUAUCAACAGACAUAUGUAAAGUGAUCCGUUUCUUACAUCUUUAUGCUGCUUACCUUUAAAGAACAUCAAAGUCGUUUGGGCUUAACUCUAGUUUAGUAAAAACUCUUCAAUUUUUUCGAAAAUUUUUUCAGUGAGUUGUUCCUGUCAAGAUCCCAUACAGAUAUUCGGGAAGAAUCACAAGAUAUGUUAAUAGAAUUUAUAGAAGAGGACUUUAGCGAUGAUGAAAUAUCUGAUAAGGAUUCAGCUGGUGCUGUUGUUACAACAAAAUAUUCCAUUGAGCUGUCAUCACCGGGUCCUGCACACAGUAAGCAAUUGAAUAACUUCAGUUUGAAAAGAAUUCUCUCGGAAGAGCCCAAAGAAAGAAAUCACAACAAAUUUGUGGAGAAGAAAUAUUCUGCCAAAGCCAAUGAAAAUGUAAAUCUUUCGAAAACGCAUUUGAAUAGAAAAUUAAAUCUUAAAAAGAAAAGUAUUUCUAAGCAGGUUCCCAAGUGCAUAUUGUGUUGUGAAUCGAUAGAAGACGACACCAUGUGCAUAAAAGCUCAGUCUCCUGAAUGGAAGGAUAAAAACGUAAGAGAGAUAAUAGAUAAACACUUGUGCUAUAUGCAACACAUUCCAGAUAAUUCCUCCGUCUGUCUAUAUUGCUGGGAUGUAUUACAUGCCUUUCACGAGCUCUAUACAAAAAUACAGGAAGUCCAGAAACAUCUUCAAUCACAUCAUUUAAUUUUGGAAAAUGAUCCCUUAGAGGGGAAUGUUAAGGAAGAGUAUAUGCUUGAAGAUGAUGUAGAGGAGCCAACAAAGGAUGUAGAUGAGUACAGUAACCGGGGCGAUGGUGAUUGUAUAUCGGAGAAUGAAAAUAUAGAUUAUAAUUCUGAAGAAGAAACAAUCAGCAUGGAAAAUUCGAGUCGCGGUAACAAACGUAGAGAUGCGAAUUACAAAGAGGACGAGGAGAAUGUCGAUAGGCAGGAUAAUAAAAGCUUUGAAUACGAAGAAGAACAAUUGGAUGAAAAUCAAAUUAUAGAAAAUGAAGAUAUUGAAGACCAUUUCGAGGACGAAGAAACUUGUGAUGAUAACGACGAAUCUUCCCAGUACGCUAAUGAAACUAUUGGUGAACGUGAAGAAUUGCCUAAAGAAGAAUAUGAUGAUUUCUUAAAGAAACAUUUUAAAAUUGCCUGUCAAAAAUGUGACCAGCCAUUCGAAACCUUUAAACUUUAUAUAAAACAUUGUCGCCAGGUUCAUAAGGAACGUGGCCAUGUUAUAUGCUGUGAUACAAAAUUCCAAUUUCGUAAAUACCUAGUAGAUCACAUACAAUAUCAUUUAAAUCCGGACUAUUUCAAAUGCAACCAUUGUGGAAAACAAUUUACGGCCAGAAGCUAUCUUCGCAUACACAAGGAACUUCAUGAAGAUGGAAAGUUUGCUUGUAAUUUGUGUGAUAAGAAAUUUCCAAGGAAUUACAUGUUACAAAGGCAUCAACGAAAAAUGCAUUCGCCUCAGCCGGCUAAGAGCCUACCCUGUGAAGAUUGUGGUAAAUUAUAUACAUGCCAAAGAACCCUUCAAUACCAUCGCAAGCAUGUCCAUUUAAAACAUUUCUCGCGGGUAUGUGAAAUCUGUGGCCAAACACUGCCAACACUUUUCGCAUAUCAACAGCACAAAUUACGACACAAUCCAAAUCCGGUGCGCUGUGAAGACUGUGGCUUGCUGGUGACAAGCCAGGUAACUCUGAAAUACCAUAGAGAUCUGAAACAUCCGCCGGGGGGAAAUCGUGAAUAUAAAUGUGAUAUGUGUCCAAGAGUUUGUCCUAACCUAAGAGCAUUAAAAUCACAUUCUUUGGUCCAUUCCACGGUAUAUAAGUUCCAGUGUAUGGUGUGCGAUAAGAAAUUUAAGACAAAAGAUAUUUACACGUACCACAUGGCCCGACAUACCGGAACCGCCCUCUUCACUUGUCAAUGGUGCCCUGCAACAUUCUAUCGCAGUGGAAGUAUAUCACUGCAUCGAAGAAAAUAUCAUCCCAUCGAGUGGGAAAAAGAAAAGCGUAGAAAGAUGUAUGGUGAGACUUCGUAGUGAAAGAGACUAGUAUUGGUGUUUAAGUGGUCAUUUUAAUAUUCAAAAAACUAUGUACAAAUCUAAAAAGUAUUGAAAUAUUUUUCGGAAUAGUUAUUUGACUAAUAAACACAAAUUUGAAAAUCGA